AUGGCUGCUGUGAAUAAAAAUGUGAGUCCAGGAACUAAGUUAUCCAUUGUGCUUGACAUUGUUGAAGAAGAUAAGGAUACGCCUUCAAAAAGGGCAAUUGAAGUCAUUGCUGGGCUGCAAAUGAGAAAGAUCAGAUCAUGUUUUCAAAAUCGCAAAGGACGCUCUCCUGCCAACAAAAGCAAGAAGUAUGAGAAACAACUUGUAAAAUAUCACAUCUUUUUCCAACAACAGGAGAGAGACUGA